AUGGAAUCUCCAGUAGUCGAGAGCGUUGAGCACCCCUAUCACCCGCCCAACGCGGAACUGCCAAACUACCUCGCCAACUCGCUCUCGGUGCCGGCGCUUCUCACACUCUUCGCCCUGGGCGCCGGUGCCAUCCUUUCAACGACCUAUCUCAUAGUUACCAAGGCUAGGCCCAGAAUUACGAGACCAGAUGCGUUGGUAGCUAUGUGGUUUGGCCUUUGUGGCUUUAUUCAUCUUUUCUUCGAAGGGUACUUCGCCUACAACAACGCUACUAUGCCUUCUCGAACCGACCUCUUCGGCCAGCUCUGGAAAGAAUACGCCCUAUCCGACGUUCGAUACCUCACCCGCGACCCCUUCCUCGUCUGCAUGGAAUCGGUAACCGCUCUCUGCUGGGGUCCCCUCUCGUAUCUUACCGUCGCAUUCAUUGCCAUGGAUCACCCUGCGAGGCACGUUCUGCAGCUCAUCAUCAGCCUUGGCCAGAUGUACGGGGAUAUCCUUUAUUACUCGACUGUCUGGUUCGAGGUUGUCCACAAGGGCGCCAUCUUCUGCCGGCCUGAGCGGUAUUAUUUCUGGGCAUACUUUUUCCUGAUGAAUGCGUUUUGGAUCGUGAUUCCCUUUGGCAUUGUUGUCCAGAGCGCCUUUUCAAUCACCAAUGCGUUCAGGACGGCGCAGAGAUAUGGAGCCGUUUCCGGAAAGAAGAAUCAAUGA